AUGUUCAUGGAUGACCAAAGACUAGCAACAACCACAGGACUCUCUGUGGGUGUGCCUGGUGAAGUUCUAGGAUUCUACGAGGUUCAUAAAGAAUAUGGAAAACUCCCAUGGAAGGAUCUCUUCACAGAUGCAAUUGAAAUUUCAAAAAAGUUUAAAGUUUCGAAUAUUCUUGAACAAAAGCUAAUAAAAAAUUCAAAGUAUAUUUUUGAUGAUCCGGGAUUGAAAAGUACAUACACAAGAAAUGAAGACCUAGUAAAAGAAGGAGACAUUAUUGAAAGAGAUAACCUUUCAAAAACGCUGGAAAUACUUUCCAAUGAUCCUCUUUCAUUUUACACAGGAACCCUUGCAAAGCAAAUAGUAGACUUCCUUAACAGUAAGGGUGGAGUAUUCACCUUAGAAGAUCUAAAAGAGUAUGAAGUGAAGAAGAGAAGCGUUUUAAAGGGACAUUUUUACGAUUUUCAAGUCUAUACAACAAAUCUACCCACAUCAGGUCUUUUUAUCAUUGAAGCUUUGAAGAUCCUUGAAAGAAUAAACAUCAGAGAUCUUUUUAUUUUAAGUAACAAUGAAAAUUCAUUCUAUCUUUAUCACAUUUUAAUUGAAGUAUUUAAAUUUAUGGCAGCAGAGCGAGGAAAGUUUGAAGACCCAGAAUUUCUUGACAAAUGGCAAAAGAAAGUUUCUCUCAUCAUAUCUGACAUCAAAGCAACUUCAAUAUUUAGACAGUUCAGUCUGAAAAAUGCUAUGUCAAGUGAGGAAUACAGAAAUAUCCCAUUCUACAAAGAAGACCACGGAACCACCCAUCUAAACGUAAUAGACAAGGAUGGAAUGAUAGUUUCUCUUACAUCCACGAUCAAUCUUGAGUUUGGAUCCAAAUUACUUGAUCCGAUAACUGGUAUUAUUUUUAAUAACCAAAUUGAUGAUUUUUAUAUUCCUGGGAUAGACAAUACCUUUGGCUUAGAAAAGAUGCCAGCUAAUAUUCUAGAGGGGGGGAAAAGGCCAUUUUCAUCUGCUGCACCUACAAUAUUAAUAAAAGAUAAUGAAAUACUCAUAAUUGGUGCAGCAGGUGGAACAAGAAUACCAACAGCCAUAAUAACAACAAUAGUAUAUUUGCUAGCAGGUAACACGCUUGAAAGGGCAGUUUCGCUAUGUAGGAUUCAUAAUCAAUUGUUUCCAAUCAAAACAAUGAUUGAGCCAACACUUCCAGACAGAAUAACUGAAAAACUAAGGGAAAUGGGGCAUGAAAUUGAAUUUUCAGAGCUUAACACUUCAUUUUCGUCAGUACAAGCAAUUUAUUUGAGAAAAAGCACAGAUAACACAAGCACUAAUGGAAAAGGGGGGGAUGUAAGAAUAGAAGCAAUAUCGGACAAGCGCAAGCAGGGCUUGUCUGACGGUAAAUAA